CUCUCAUUGACACCGGUGACAGGACAGAGGAGAGAGGUAGACUUUCAGUUCUAGCCAACAGGCACACGCUGAAACAGUAGACGUCCCCUUAUGCAUUUUUAACAGCUCAGCAGAUGAUGGGAACAGUUUGGUAGGGACAGUUUGUCCACAGAUAGAGUGACCAAGUGAUCAGCCGUGAUUGUAAUCUCCUGUCAUUUUCCUGAAAAGGAAAAAGUCCUCCAUCACACUUCAUUCACCGAAAAAGUGGACUACAUCUCUUGGUCAGUCAGCUUAGGCCUAUGUAUGACCACCACAUCCUGCUCACCUUUGACCCUGCAUGUCAAAUAAAUCAGGAAGAGCAACAUAUCCCAUCUCAAGUGCAACCCAUCUGGCUUGGAUUUCUUUGAGAAGGCCAUCUUUCUAUCUCAGGACCCCUUUUGUUAGCUGCUUUAGACAUUUUUUUACCAGUAUAAUAGGAUGCCUGGAGCCAGUGGCGUCAAUGGGGAGGGCUCUUGUGAAGCUCUGUGUCGAACCCUCGUGUCUCAGAACGGCCUCCAGAGAGAAACAACUGACAUCUCCCAGUCUGUCCUCUACACGUCACUCAUGGGCCUGCUUCUGGUCGCUGACAAUGAGAAAGAGCAGCUCACCUUAGGAAGUGGAAGGGUUGGCCUUAGAAACAUAGGAAACACUUGUUUCCUAAAUGCAGUUGUCCAGUGUUUGUCUCACACAUGUGGCCUACGGGACUACUGCCUCCUCAAAUCUUACAAGCCUGAGAAGUUCUCCAAAGAGGAAGCUAAGCUCAUGGAAGCUUUCUCUAAGGUGCUGUCAGGCCUUUGGGAUAUAAAUGAUGAAGGCACAGUUGUAAAUCCUAGACAGUUUUACAGUGUUUUCACAGAAGCGGUGCCUUACUUCAGCGGUUACAGUCAACAGGACGCCCAGGAGUUCCUCAGGUUCCUACUGGACAAACUGCAUACUGAAAUAAAUCGCAGACCAUACAUUAGAAGAACUGGGAAGGAGCCUGAACAAAAAUUUGCUAGGUUUCGAAUUUCUGAGGAGGCAGCUGUCAUGUGGAAGAAGCACUUGGAGAGAGAUGACAGCAUAAUAGUUGACCUGUUCUCAGGCCAGCUGCGGAGCUCGCUGCAUUGCUCAGUUUGCUCCCACUACUCCAACACGUUUGAUGUGUUCUGCGAUCUGUCGCUGCCUAUCCCUAAGAGGAGCACUACAAGGGAGGUCACUCUGAGGGAGUGCCUAGACCUCUUCUCUCAGGAGGAGAAACUGGACAAGGAGAAUUCACCAAUGUGCGAGAGGUGUAACAGGCGCACAGAGUGCACCAAGCGGCUGUCCAUCCAGAGGUUUCCUCAGGUUAUAGUGAUCCAUCUGAACCGCUUUACGAUGUCGAGGUGGUCGAUCAGUAAAAGCACGAUAUAUGUGUCCUUCCCGCUCACCAGCCUUGACCUUGGACCGUACGGACCUGUCGACUGCGGCUCAGUUCUGUAUGAUUUAUAUGCAAUAUGCAACCACGCUGGGACAGUGAAUAUGGGACAUUACACAGCCUGCUGCUUAGAUGAAAAUGGCUGGUGCUUUUACAAUGAUUCCAGUGUCACUCCACUCACAGAGAACCAGCUUCAGACCAAUCAAGCCUAUGUGCUAUUCUACCAGCGCAGCAACAGCACCGCCACCGUCAGGAAAUAGACCUGAGACUGGCUGAGCCAUGCAGCCAAUCAGAGCAACUUUGCCUCCAGUGUCCAUAGAAACGAAUAGAAGCAGCAGUAUUGUGCUCUGACAUCUGCAAACUUCUCAACAUCGACGCGCUUACCCUCAAAUGAACUGAGGGGGAGAGAGGCCACGCUCAGUCUAAUGGGGCUUGAAGACAUGAGUCUCCCCCUAAAAACUGUGGAGAUGUUUUUCAAGUGUCUCAGCAAGAUAGCUCAGACAGAGCGUAGCCUUAAGAGUCUCUGUGCCCUAGUUCUCAGGCAUGAGAGAGUGAUGUACUUGAGAAUGAUGCAGAGCUCUUAAUGUAAUUCAAUCACGACUCAUGCUUGUUACAUUAGGCAACAUUUUUUUGAUUUGGGCAUGCAAAUGUAUGCAAAUAACUGGUGUCCUUGGUUCAAAUUACAGUUUGUUGAUUUUUUUAAGGGAAAAGAAAAGAAGUAAAUACAAGUCCUGACAGAAAACUCUUAAUAAAAUUAACCUUUUUUCAAAUGUUAA